AUGGCGAGCAAUGGGACGCAGCCAGUAACUGCCAAGUUCUACAACUAUCCCGAUGUCAAGAACGUCGACAUUCCCUACAAAACGCCCGAUGCGCCUAAGAAUCCGGUCGUACGGGGCUUGCCUCUUUACUACGGAGCUUCGCUGAUUUCCUCUGUCGGUUUCAUCCAAAAUCAUCUCUGGAACAAUACCGGCUUCAACCGGCUGCGCGGCCUCAAGGAGCUCGAAGACGUUGCGCCGCGCUACGAUCCUACCGUCAUUCCUCUUGGCCUUGGCUCUUCCUCGUCCGAAGACGCCGCUGCUCCAUCAGAGGAGGCUCGUCUCCCUCCUUCGACCGCCAAUGGCCGCUUCUAUUCCGUGUACGACUACCACGAGGCCUACAAGAGCGGCCGCACCACGCCCACGGCCGUGAUCGAGGCUCUUCUUCCGCUCAUCCGUCGCGAUGCCUCGAAAUCCUCGCCGCACGCCACUGCUUGGAUCGAGCUGCGUGAGGACCUGAUCCGGGCAGCUGCCGCCUCCUCGACCGAACGCUACAAGAACGGGAAGCCGCUCGGGGUGCUUGACGGAGUGCCAGUCUCGGUCAAGGACGAGGUGGAUUUGGCAGGGUAUGGCAAGCGGAUUGGCACGAAGACCGAUUGGCUGGGCAGCGGGGAGUGCGAGACGUCCUUCUGCGUUGCGCGGUGGGAAGAGGCGGGCGCGGUGGUGGUGGGCAAGACGACGAUGCACGAGCUGGGGCUGGACACGACCAACAACAAUCCCAACCCCAACCACGGCACCCCGCUGAACCCCUAUAAUCCGCACUACUACACCGGCGGAUCAUCCGGCGGUAGCGGUUAUGCUGUCGGCGCCGGCCUACUGCCUUUUGCGCUGGGCGCCGACGGCGGUGGUUCCAUCCGCAUCCCAGCCAACUACUGCGGCGCAUACGGGCUCAAGACGUCGCACGGCCGCGUAUCCGGACGGCCCACGCCAUCGCUCGCCGCCUCCACUGGCGUGCUGGGCCCCAUUGCGGCCAACGUCGCCGACCUGGAGAUCGCAUACCGCGUCAUGGCGACGCCGGACGCGCAGCACGCCUCCUCCGCACUCUUCACCUCGCCCAACACGCCCUCCGCGCGCGCCACCACGCUCUCCCCCUCCCGCCCCAAGCUCCUCGGCAUCUGCCAGCCCUGGCUGGACCGCGCCGACCCGCCCGUCCGCAGCGCCAUCCAAGCCGCCAUCGACCACCUCGUCUCGACCCAGGGCUACCGCACCGUGCCCAUCGACCUCCCGCUCCUCGCCGAGGGCCAGUCGGCCCACGCCCUAACCAUCCUAUCCGAGAUCGCGUCGGGCUUCUCGCACGCGCUCCCGUCGCUCACGCCCGCCAACAAGGUGCUCAUCAGCGUCGGCUCGCGCGCCGGCGCCGUCGACCUGCUGCAGGCGCAAAAGGUGCGCGCCCUGCUGAUGCAGCACCUCGCCCACCUGUACACGACCCACCCGGGCCUCAUCAUCGUCACGCCCACCACGCCUAACGCCGGCUGGCACAUCGCCGGCGGCGCCGCCGACCUCAAGUACGGCGUCAGCGACGGCAACAUGAGCAUCCGCAGCAUGGACGCGCCCGUCGCGUACGUCGACCCGAAAGAGGGCGACGGCAAGGUGCCCGUCGCGCUGAUGGGCAUGGGCGAGUGGGGCAGCGAGGACGCGCUGCUGGGCUUCGGGUACGACGUCGAGGCGUACCUGAACGGCGGGUCGACGUGA